UCCACCUGCAUCCGGCCUUGUCGUCUGUCUCCAUUCAGUUUCUUUCCGUCCGUCCACUCCUUCCCAUCUGGUGCUCUGCAGACGAUCGAUCUCGCUGUCUCUCUGUCCCUCGUCUCGUUUCCAUGCAAACACUUCCUUCUCCCACCUUCUCCCCCCACUCUCCUCUUCCGCUGCUCAUCUGCGACUCGUCUCCGUCUGCCACUGCCCGACUUCCCCCAAUUCUCUCCUGCUCAAGCACCACGUCAAACUCCUGUAGAGGACCCGACUGUCAACUCCCUUAAUCCCUUCUACGUACUUGCUUCCAUCCCUGGACCUCACUUUGGGCCAUCGUCAAAGCCUGAUUGCCUCGGACGUCCAUCUCACUUCCCGCUACUACCUAAUCGACGACGACGACAACGACAACGACGACAAGUGACUCUUUAGCUGGAAGUUGCUUCGACUUUUUUGGUCCUGUUCCACGUCGCUUCUUCAUCCACCACCCAGAAAAAAAAAGUCUCACUACGUGGUUUCCCUGAACACGGACCAUCUUCGCUACGUUACAGUACCUUAGCUUGCCCGGCUGGCUUGCAAUGGCUUUCUAGAUCGACAAACUUCCGAUUCCGUCUUUCGUAACUUUGCGUGUUUUGGAAAAAGGAUCACGGGCUUCUGGGGGCACUCGGUGUUGUUGUUGUUAUUAUUGUUGUAAUCGCUCAAUAGGUGGCCGAGAGGGGGAAAGCCAAGAAAUACGAGAUACUUCACUCUGCCCUUGCUGCAUCAUCAAUGGCACGCCAACGAGCUGCCCGUUUGUGGGCAUGUCUUGCCCUAGUGGCCUCGCUUUGCGGAAACGCAUUGGCCGUAGGCCCGUCCCAUGAUGUUGCCUACUGCGCCACCGUCAACACGGCUGACCCUGGCAUGGACGCAAAUGAGAGCGACUACCAGUCCAUGGGUUUGUGCUAUGGAACCUGUUCUAGUGCCGCGGAGAAGUACGCCUUUGCUGUGGUCUGGCAAAAAAGCUGUUGGUGCACCAAUGUUGUGCCGAACUCAGCCAACACGGUAUCGUCCAAACAAUGCUCAAAUCCUUGUCCCGGAUAUCCUUCAGAUUGGUGUGGAGGCGAUUCCCUCUACGGAUAUCUCAAGAUCACGGGCAUCAAGCCGUCCAGCACGGCGGCGCCGGCGUCGUCAACGUCAACCGGCACCACCACCCAGCAAGCCACCAAGACGACCACAUCCUCAACUAAGCCCACGACUCAACCCACGACUACAACUGCUGCCAUCAAAACUGUCCAGAGCACUGUUCGAGAAACAGUGACUGUGACUCCCUCGCUGAAGUCUUCGGUGGCUUCCUCAACUGUGGUUUCUCUUCUCACCACCCUUGUUACUUCUGCGACACAAACUACCGAUGAUCCCGUUACAACAGAUCCGAUGCAGCCAAGCACCCAAACCGUUACCGUUGGCGGAAAAGUACAAACCGUGAUCAUCACACCAACCCCAACAGCCACCAGCGCAGGUCAGCUCGCCGAACCGGAAGCCAAUGGAAAGAAGAAGGCAAUCAGCACGGGUGCAGCAGUUGGAAUCGCCCUCGGCGUCGUCGCUGCUCUGGGAAUUAUUGGCGUAUUACUCUGGAUCUGGUUCAUGAAGCGCAGGAAACAGAACGAAGAGAGCGGUUCUUCAUUCGGAUCGCCACGCGGAAGCUCUUCGGGAUCAAAGGGCGCCACAGUCACCGAAACUCGCUUUGCACCCGAGCUGGUAGCAUGGGGGGAUGGACCGGCCUCCAAGAGGAGGAGCACGCUGAUGCCAGUCGACCCACGCUUGAAUCCAUACGGCAGCGCUCUAUACAACGGCCAAAACAAGAGCCGCGAGAGUAUUGCAUCAUUUCAGGACAACCAGGACUACUCGAGACGAGUUGUCGGUCAGCCCCGGGUACUGAGAGCCGUAAACCCGGAUCCCAUUGCCGAGGAUUGAGGAUUAAGCGGACGGCUUCGAUAAUUACUCACGACGCACACGAACGUUUCCUCGCGAUUACAUCGUUAUCCCCCUCAUCAUCAUCCCAUCACUUUCAUCAACUGUCUUCUGCAUUUGCAUUGAGAUACCACGGCGUUUAUUUUUCUUGCGUUUCAUCUUUUCCGAAACUGGGUGGUAGGCGGGCUUGGUUUGCUUUUGGGGGCCGGACAGGGGGGAACUAAAAGAGAGGGAAGAGGGAUGCUGCUGCUUUUGUCAGAACAUGUUGCGAUUCUCGAGGGUUUUCCGGCGCUUUUUUUUUAUCCAUGUUAAACCACACUUGCAUGCGCACAUACAAACAGACGACCAACGCUGCUUAUCUACCUGCCUUAAUUUUCUUGUACUUUUUUCCACAACAAUUUUGGGUUGCUGUUGCGUGUCUUUGAUCGAGGUUCCUGUACCAGACGAUUCGCCGCGCACCUCGAAGCUGUUCCACCUGUCGACAUCGAUCACUUGGCUUCGAUUGAACUGACUCCAACGCUGACCCAACCCGCUUACACAACGGUUUACCUCAGCUCGGUAAUUCGAGACUACGAAAAUCUCUUGACGUCACCCCGAAUUCAAUAUUUCACGGCUUUCUUUUUUGGACAAUACGGAAGCACGACCAAACCUUACUUGGAAACAACAAUCACUGAACCAUGACCUUGUGUGCGCUUGGAUCAGUGUUGCGGAAGCGCGGCUUCUGCGGCGGUUAUGGGAUUGAAGCUGUAUGUGUGGGAGUUUAUAGCAAAGCCAAGGUAUAUGGCCUACAGGCUCCCCAAAUUUCUGCCCACGGCUAGAGUUGGAAACCGAAUACCUAUCUGAAUUGAAACCAAAAAUGGUUUUUGUCUGCCAUUGAUUGACGGGCUUUUGUGUAAAGCAUUAUGUAUCCAAUUGAUGGGGUGUCAAGGUGUCGUUCGUCACUGCGGCUACUGGAGUUAUCCUGCUGUCAAGAUUGCCAGUGAUCACUUCCUGUUCCUGACGGGCGUUCAUCUCAGUUUUGCUUGUUGUUCCUGAUCUACCCUCGCAGCACAUCCGCCUUAUUUUGUCUUAUCGAACCAGUCAGGGUGUGUACAGUACCAAAUCUGGCGGGUACCUGAACGGUGAUGGUGUGUACACUACUACAUCGUACAUGACCGUUCGCACGGGUGAGCUUCGGAAUGUCCUUGCUGCUGAACCAAUCGACGUCGCAUUCCACAGCAACGACCGAAUGGAUCUCCAUCCACGAAAUAAGAUAGGGGAUGGAGCGCACCGCAC